CCAAAAGUUGCCUAAUCUCGAUUUCCUUUAGGUAUUUAUCUGUUUGAAUUUGCUUCCUCAGUUCCUCUAAAUAAAUUACCAUUGAUAAUCUUAAAAUUAUGUUGUUAAAAUACCAAAAGUAGAAAAAUUACUUAUAAUCGAAGUAACGUCAAGUCAAAGCCAGCCCAAAUCAACGUCUCGAUUCCUCCCAUUCACGGCAACACCGACAAGUUUGACCCGGUGUCAAUCCUUCCUGACUUCUGUAAACUCCGAUCACCGUUUCAAAUCCACACCAAUCUCAUCUCAUAUCUCAAAUCCACCAUAUCAACAAAGUCCGAUCAAUGCGUUGCAUUUCCCUUCAAAUCUGAUUAACUAAAUCAUGGAUUCCAUGCCGAUCCGUGUGCCCUACAAAAACCUCAAGCAUGACGAUGCAAUUGCGGAUGUUGAAAUUGUUAGAUUUGAAGAAGAAGAAGCUAAUAGACGCUUCGAUUCCGAUAAAUCGAAUGUGUUUGGUAAUGGAAAUGCGCCGAAUUCUUCUUCUACGUCGCUAGGGUUACCGACGCAGAAUUGUAGCAUGAUUACGCUGGUUUUGAGCUGUGCUGUUGCUGCUGGUGUUCAGUUUGGUUGGGCCUUGCAACUGUCGCUUUUAACUCCUUACAUUCAGACACUGGGAAUAGGGCAUGCGUUUUCCUCGUUUAUCUGGCUUUGUGGUCCUAUUACAGGUCUUGUGGUUCAACCUUGUGUUGGUAUUUGGAGUGACAAAUGCACUUCAAAAUAUGGCAGAAGACGACCCUUUAUUUUGCUUGGAUCCCUCAUGAUAUCACUUUCUGUGUUAAUUAUUGGGUUUUCUGCAGACAUUGGAUACUUGAUUGGAGAUACUCAAGAACAUUGCAGCACGUUCAAAGGUACACGUCCAAGGGCUGCUUUUGUGUUCAUCUUAGGAUUUUGGAUGCUUGACCUUGCUAACAACACUGUUCAGGGCCCUGCCCGUGCUCUUCUUGCUGAUCUAGCAGGCCCUGAUCAGAGAAACUCAGCAAACGCUAUAUUUUGCUUAUGGAUGGCAGUUGGAAAUAUUUUAGGGUUUUCAUCUGGUUCUAGUGGAAAGUGGCACAGUUGGUUCCCUUUCUUGACAAGUAGAGCUUGUUGUGAAGCAUGCGGUAAUCUUAAGGCAGCAUUUUUAGUUGCAGUGGUUUUUCUUACAUUUUGCACAAUGGUGACACUCUACUUUGCAAAGGAGGUUCCUUUAGCACCAAAACAACAUAUGAGGUUACCAGAUGUUGAUCCUCUUUUGGAGGAUCCGCAGGCUCAGCUGCAUGGUCAUGACCACAGAGAAUCAAAACCUUGGAAAAACGCAGCUGAUCACAAAGCUGGUAAUAGGCUUGAAAAUGUUUUUGAAAUCGGUACCAGUGAGAGGAAAGCAGACUCUACAGUUAAUGAAGAUCAAGUCGAGAGUUUUAGCGACAGCCCUAGUGCAGUCCUGGUCAACUUGUUGACCAGCCUACGCCAUUUACCGUUGGGGAUGCAUUCCGUUCUUACUGUAAUGGCUCUUACAUGGUUGUCGUGGUUUCCGUUUUUCCUUUUUGAUACCGAUUGGAUGGGUAGAGAGGUUUAUCACGGUGACCCAAAGGGAAGUGCUGCUGAAAUCAGAGCUUACGAUGAUGGUGUCCGAGAAGGCGCAUUUGGUUUGCUAUUGAAUUCAGUGGUUCUUGGUAUCAGCUCUUUCCUCAUAGAACCAAUGUGUAAAUGGAUCGGUUCAAAAUUCGUGUGGGCCGUAAGCAAUUUUAUCGUGUUUGUCUGCAUGGCAGGCACUGCCAUCAUUACCGUAAUUUCUUUAAAAGAAUCUAGCGGGACUGAUAAUACAGUAGGAGGAAAUGAGGCAAUCAAGACCGCGUCUUUAAUUGUUUUUGCUAUUCUGGGCCUUCCCCUUGCUGUAACUUACAGUGUUCCCUUCUCCGUCACAGCCGAUCUAACCGCAGAUACAGGAGGCGGUCAAGGAUUGGCAAUUGGAGUUUUGAAUCUAGCAAUUGUGAUGCCACAGAUGAUUGUGUCGCUUGGUGCGGGCCCGUGGGAUGCAUUAUUUGGUGGAGGGAACGUACCGGCAUUUGUUCUUGCUUCAUUAAGUGCCCUUGCUGCUGGCAUUAUUGCAACUCUAAAGCUUCCAACUCCUAGCAAUUCAUACACACCAAUAGGUUUUCAUGUUGGGUGACAACCUUUUUUCGUACCAACUUGUGCAUAUUUACACGCGCACCGCCAAUCGCAAUAGUUACUUGCAGAUUUGAUAGACACACAAUAUCCUCACUUGUUAUAUCCAUAUGAGUAUAGAGAUCUAGCUUUAGGAUAAGCUGUUACUGUAUUUUUCAAUUUUCAUGAUAGUUUUGUAUUCUUUUUUCUAAAAUAAGCCCAUAAUCUUUACUAUCAAUUUCAUUGUAUAUUAGACUAAACUUAAGGGUGGUUUUAUGUAAUUUGACUAUCACCUGCUUUUGACACGUCAGAUGUCUUGUUCUGAAUGAAAGUGAGAUCCAGUUUUGAGUUU